GGUGGAAGACAGUUGCUCACUGAAUGGCUGCCAGGAAGCAGAGAGGAGGAGCCAAGGCUAAGAAUAUAUUCUUUCAGAUGGAAUCACCACUUAUAUAUGUUAUGAUUUUACUUUUGAACAUGUUGGAAUUUUCUUCAGGAAUGGCAUAUGAUAAAGAUGUUAUGGAGAAACAUUUUGCUUGUUCUAACCAAGGGCUCCCCAAAACUAAUGAAAUAAUGAAGUUGCUUCUUUCCUCAAAAAAUUUGCAAAUCCAGUGUUUUUUCCAAACGGAGAAUGAACAUGUUUCCAAGGAAACGCUAAGUACAUUCACAUCUGGAGGACUUGCUCCUACCUUGGAAAUCAUAAAUAGUACAUAUCAUGGCAUCUUCCACUUCAAUUUAACUUUGUUGAAUGAUCGGAUUUUCUGGUUAAUUGAUAUUCCGAGAGAAAAUAUCACAAGUAACACAGAUAUUGCUGCUGUAGAAGAAUGGUUAGUAAAGAUCACUUUACAUCAAGGAUUAAAUAUUUAUGCUAUUGAAGGAACCCUAUUGGAUAGUAUUCGAGAACCUAUUCUUCAGUGGAAUCUUGGAGAUGAAAUGUCAUCACAAGAGAUCAAUGCUUUACAUCCAUACGUGGUAGAUCUCAAAGUAACAAAGUGCCCCUGUGCCAAUGAUAUGGCAUUACUUGGCUUCCUUUUGAAUACAAUGUAUAAUGGUGUUUACAUAGGCCUCAGCACAACUGGAUUUGGGCAGUAUAAUGAUACGGUGUGGUAUAACAUGACAAAUAUCAUCUAUUCAAACCUUCGAAGAGAAUACACCGGAUUAUCAGUGAUGGAUAUGGUUUUAACAAAUCAUUUUCUAGUUCUCCUUACCUCUUUGGGUCUUUUUAUAAGUGGAGAUCUUCGUUACCCAUCAGCAAAAGAAUUAAAGCUUUCCAGGGCAGAAUUUUGUGGUUUUGAAAGGGAUGACUAUGUAAAAGGAAAAUUAUGGUAUAAUGAAAGAUGCUUUGCUAACAGAGAACAUUUUGAAGUUGAUUAUGUUACUAUCACCUUUGACAGAAACAAGACCCUAAGUGAGGCAAGCUCUUGUUUUUAUAGUAAAGAACCAUUUCUUGAGUGGUUACCUUGCUUACCUCACGUUUUUAAUGAUGUAAAAAUCACACUUCCAAGUGAGAUAACAUUUCUUAUUGACCAAGAGCACAAUACGGGAAUUUACCUCUUCCAUGAUCAGCACAAGAAAGCUACCACUGCCUCUGUGAGCAUCUUAAAAAACAACCAACCAAGCGUCACACCAAAAUUUCCACCGUUUCAUUUUCCUGCCUCGUUCUCUCACCCCAUCGGAAUGGUGUUUCAUCCUCGAAGCCACUUUCUGUAUGCUUAUGGCAAUCAGGUGUGGCUUUCAAUGGAUGGUGGCAACACUUUUAAAUUAGUAGCUGAUUUUCAUGACGAUAUAAUAAAGAAGAUUUAUCAUUGUUUUUAUACUUCAGACAUUACUUUUGUUUCCCAAAGUGGAAAGGUUUACUUGACAAAGGCAGGACUAGGGACAUACAGUGAAAUUGGAAAUGUUAACGAUAGCAUUUUUACAUUAUACUAUGAUCACUUGGGAUUCAUACAUAAACUGACUCCAACUCACUUUGAAUCCUCUGAAAAUUCCAAAAUUUUUGGACAGCAGGCUCCUGAUAUGGGCUUUGAGGCUGCACUUGCUCUGCAGUAUAUCUCCCCUGAUGAAAUGAUCUUCUUUGCAUAUGUACCUCCAAAUGAACCUCAGGAAACUAUACACACCAAGAAGUUCAAUAAUAUGCAUUUAGGAAAACUGAUACACUCCAGCAAAACUGGAACAGCAUACAUAAGAAAGAUACUACAGCAUGAAACUCCUAAAGAAUUUUUGUCCUCAGUUGUUGCAGAAAUGAUACAGCCUUUUGGAGUAGAAGAAGUAAACGAAAGUUCUUCUUUGUCUAGUUCUCUUGUCAUUAAAGAAACUAGAAAUCCUUUCUAUAAACUUACUCUUGAUUUACAAACUGUUAAUUCAUUGUUUCAAGCUACAGAUAUAGAGAAAACUGUGGUGAUUCCUGGUUACAGCAGCUUCCUGAUCACAGAAAUUUCAGAUGAUAAGAAUGCACUAGCUAUUGCUACCAUGCCUGCAAUAGCACCCAACAAUGUAACCUUUUUAGAGGGUGACUGGUUCUUGUACAACUUUGGGCAAAGGAAUGGACGGACAUGGAAUAUAUACUCGAAACCAUGUCAUUAUUUGCUUCAACGACUUGAUGAUUCACCAACCCUGAAUGGUGUGAAAUACAUUGAUCUGGGAAGCUCUCAGACUCUAGGAGUUAAGGUCAUACCUAAUAAAAAAGGACAAGCACCCAGAAACAGAAAAUUGGCUACAUCUUUGGCACCCGAUGCGGGACCCACUUUUCUAUGGAGAGGUCUCAACACACUUCAAGUUCCAACACUGAAAGUAGUAGUUGGAAACCCAGAAUUGUUGGAAGUUAAAGCUGAAGGCUCUUUUGAUGAUGCUGAUAGUUAUCUAAUGAAGAUUUCUGUAGCAAGCAAAUCUUUUCGUCAAGGCUCCACUUCUCUAGCACUGAUUAUCUGGGGAGCUUCCACUGAGUGCUUUAUGACAACACUGGUGCCAACUUUGAAAAGCAGCUGUAGCUAUCUCACUUCUAUGCAUCACGUUCCCAGCCAACGUAUUCCAUAUGAAGACUGGAUUAGUGGAGUUCACAAAGACAGUCAGGGUUUUAAUCAGAUCAAAACUUUGCCGGUAAACUACAGGCCUCCAUCUAUUAUGGGAAUUGCUAUUCCACUCACAGAUAACUUUUAUCAUGCAGAUCCUAGUGAGCCCAUACCAAGAAAUCUAUUUCACAAGUCAAAGGAAGCUGGAAAAUACAAACAAUGUGCUAAUGCUUCUACUCGAGAAGGGUGUGAUUGCACCAAUGAGCAGAAACUGUCACAUGCUGUUGCUUUCUCAGACUGCAAAGAAAAAGUUCCUCGUUUUAAAUUUCCAGUUACACAAUAUCCAAUUUCCUUGGAAAUUUUCAGUGACAAUAAAUUUGUUCCAGUGAAAUCUCCAUAUUUGGUUACUGUGACUGAAGUGAAUAUGAGGAAAAACUGGCAACUAAAACACACUUUACCAGAAAAUAUGAAAAAAAUUAAAAAUUACUUAGAACCAAUUCUUCGUACUUCAGUGUAUAAUCCCUCAGGUCUCAAUUUAAGUAUAAAGGGCUCUGAGCUUUUUCACUUCAGAGUGUCUGUCAUUCCAGGAGUCACUUUUUGUAACUUAGUUGAAGAAUUUCAGAUUUAUGUUGAUGAAGUACCAUUGCCAUUUCCAGGACAUGCCCUUAUUGCUGUUGCAGCAGCCUUUGUGCUAGGGGGAUUAAUUUUUACAGCAUUUAUGCUUCAACUGCAUAACAUCCACCCAUGGAGAGCCUUCCAAAGAUGGAUUAGAAGAAAAAAAUCAACUGUAUCAAAUAACCCCAUCACUUAGCUGGCUUACAGAUGAAAGUCUGGAUAGUGAACAAAUGAUAAUCCACAAUUCUCUCUAUUUUCUAAUUUUAAUAAAUA